AGCCAGCAGCCCGUCCUGAUGUUACCGAGUCCAAUAAUCCAGAAGUAGGCGAUGUUCGAAAAAUAAUGGCCUGGUGGCAAGGUGAGAUUUCUGAUUAGCAAUAAAGUAUGAUAUAAAUUUAAUACUGUAACUUUUCUGUUGUGAUGUUUUAUUAUUAUUUCAUUUCUUUGUGUCAAUUUGUUCUAUUACAUUUGUACAACACUUUGUUGCAGUUUUGACCUUCUUUUAAAAGUGCUAUAUAAAUAAACUGACACUAUCUGUUUAAAGGUGUCUGUAGAUUUAGGACUUCAGCAUCAUUAACUGAAUUAAAGGCACAAUCAGAUAAAUACCCAACCAGGAGUUAACAGAUCAAAUGACAACUGUAGGUUUUGUCCCAUCUUUGGUGGGAUGCUGGUCAGUUCACCUCUUUGCCUUUUUGUACCUUUGUAAUUUAUUAAGAUUGGAAAAAUAAAGUACUAAAUGCUGCUAUGACCACAGACCAGAUGAUCCCGGUGGUUUGAUCUUGAAUCCUCAUGUUUAAUAUUUUAUAGAAGUAAAGUGAACAAACUGGAGAACAAAACCAAAAUGAGUGAAAAUGUUCAAAUACUGAAAGACAGUAGAAACAUAAAUCACGAACAGGGAACGAUUUGAUUUGGAACGAAUCAUUGAUAAUGAGCCAUGCAUUUGGUCCAGAGAUGCAUCUAAAACCUGCAGGACAGAAACUCCUGAAUGCUGGACACGUCUGGCUUCCAGGACAGAAAUGUGUUGCUAUAAAUCUGAAAACUGAAAUGGUGAAAGAGUCAGAGUUACAGCAGUGUUGGGAAAUAACGAGUUGCAUGGAAACAAGUCCAGAGUCGCUGCCAUUCCCAGUUUCAUUGAGCAAUAUUUCCUCACUUGUCAGAACAACAGAUACAGUAAACUCCACAGCUCUGCAACAGUGGUUGCCGGAUUAAUUGUUAAAUGAUGCAGCAAUUUGGAAAAAAAAUAAGUGAGGCGGUCAAGUAGGAGCCACUUAAAGGGCCCUCACCAAAUGUGCUGCACAUUGUACAGAAAACAGGAGAAUAACUUCUCUGCUUGCAGAAUAAAAAAUGUUGCAGCACAAUCAGAAGAUACUUCUAUGGUUUUGUAGCCUCUGCUAGGAAUUUGCAACAACCAUCUUGGCUAACCCACAAGACGAACCAGAAAUCAGGAUCCAACAGAAACGUCCCCAAGUCAACGGUGGCAGGUAAGAUUCCUCCAUCAGUAAACAUGGUGAUGAACUUUAUGAUCUGAAUCAAUAUUCAUUUGGGACAAUUCAAUAUUCAUAAAGUCAAAAAGUGAAUAAAUCUGGUCAAAAACCUUUUUAAAAAAGACCAGAUUGAUCCAAAGCUUUUAAUGUACCACCAGGAAUAGAAGGACGUAAUCUGUCACGUUACUUUUAUUGUGGUACAUUUUUACUGACCAUAAAAUUCCAAAAAUUGGAAUUGGAACAAAAUGUACUUAUGAGGAACACACCAAUUAAGAAAAACAAUAGUUUUUUGAUGAAAAGCUUUUUGUUCUCAGAUGAACUGGGUUUUGAACUAUACCAAAAUUUGUGUAUUUUGCAAAACUGCAGGUAAAAAAUAUUUCCCAUGAGUCCCUGCUGUGUGUGAAACAUUAAAGUCCCUGAACAACGUGCGGCUGGCUCCUCCAGAACUCUCACUGUCACUCCAACAUGUUGAAUCCAUAACUCUUCUGUAAAAUGGCUGCAGUUUACACACAACGCUGCACGUGGAGCCGCUCCCAGGCAGGAGGCGGGGCUUGUUUGUCCACCAACGCCUCCUCUGAUUGGCUGGCAGGUGAUGAGCUCCAGCUUCAGGGCUGAAUUAUUAGUACAGCUCAUCUAUUUACAUCCAUCACCGCCAUGGUUUUUAAUAACUUAUUCUCAAAACAAACUUACUUGAGUGUGAUUAUAAUUUAAUUAGUGAAUUAAUUUCAGUUUGGGACAUGAGUAUUUCAUGUAUUAAUAUGAAGUGGUCAUAUGGAUUUUACCGGUCAGCCAGUCGAACAUCCUCUCAGUCGUCAUCUGGUCUGUUUUCCGUCCAGUCAGACGGAGAGCAGGUCAGACAACCAGGCAAACAAAAUGUACCACGACGGAUCCUGUGAAGCUUGUAGCAGGUUUUUUGUUUUUGCCUGGAACUUUGGAAUAAACCGACACAGAACUGCAUUUUUUUAUUUAUUUAUUUAUUCAUUGUUUCAUAGACAAAGAGUCACUACAACCACAACUGCAACAUGUAGUUUUUUUUUUACAUUGGCAGCAUAUCAAAACGUUUUCACAUAUUAGUGAUGGAAACGGUUCAUGUGGAGAAAGAAACCUGAUGUUUUCCUGCAGGAUGUAAACAUUCAGUGAUUUUCACACACACUGAUGGUGAAAAGCUACUAAAUAGUAGCCACAGCUGCCGUCCAGGCUGCCAUGCACCAGCGCCCCCUGUUGGGCCCUCUGAAGGCGGGUGACUGUCCUGCCCAAAGACACAAUGACAGGCAAAUAGAGCAGGAUUUGAACCAGCAGCUACGGGAUGAACUCCUGCUGCCACUCCAAGGAUGAAGACUCCAACUGUUUCAUGCACCUGAGCGCAAUCUCAGGACUGAGAGGAGCCAAAACAGCAUGAAGUUUAUUCGGCCAAGCUUCUCUCAGCAGCCGCCAGUCCAGGUUGGUGUCAUGGAGACCCAGCAGCCAGAACCAAGCAGCAGCCAGAGAACAGUGUGUGAAGAUCAAUCCCACCUGUACAACGUCAUAUCUGAAUUUGAUCAUGUCAGACCUGAGCGACGCAGCAACAGCCUGGAGGCUCGACGGUCCCACUCGUUUGAGUUGAAGGAACCGCAGCCGCAGCCGCCGCCCCGGUCCUCAUCCCGGUUUCCACCGCGCCUGCCGCCCCGGCCGGACCGCUGGCCGGACCGCCGGCCAGAACCAAGACACGGAGUCAAAACCUUCGUUUCAAUGCCUGGAGCCCCCCAGAUGCCACCGUCACUGCCUCCACCGUCACUGCCGCCGCCGGUCCAAGAUUCUGCCUGGCAGAACCAGAAACCCAAACCAGUCGUCAGCCAGAACCCCUUCAUGUCGAUGUGGACAGGUGUUAAAGAAAAUCCAAACAACAUCAGAAUCGUUCUGAUCGGGAAAACCGGCAGUGGAAAGAGUUCAUCAGGAAACACCAUCCUGGGAAGAAAAGAGUUUGAAGCUAAACCGAGUCAGAGAUCAGUUACAAAGCAAUGUGUGAAGGAAAAGACUGAAAUAGAUGGACGGUCGGUGUUUGUGGUGGACACACCUGGACUUUUUGACAACAGUAUGAGUCUUAAACAGAUUCAGGAUGAGCUGGAAGGUUGUGUUACUCUCGUAGCUCCAGGUCCUCAUGUCUUCCUGCUGGUUGUAAAGAUCGGCAGAUUCACACCAGAGGAGAAAGAGACGAUAGAAAUGAUCAAGAAAACCUUUGGAAAGGAUUCUGCAAAGUUCACCAUCGUUCUGUUAACUGGAAGAGAUUUGUUAGAACAUAACGGCCGCAUUGAAGAUUAUAUUGAAAAGGACAGUGAUGAUUCUUUCAGGAAGCUGAUCGCUGACUGUGGAGGAAGAUAUCAUGUGUUUAACAAUAAGGAAGUAGGAAACCGAUCUCAGGUCAGAGAGCUGAUCAGAAAGAUUGACGACAUGGUGAAAGAAAAUGGAGGAAGUUUCUACACCAAUGAGAUGCUGCAGGCGGCUGAAGCUGCUAUUCAGAAGGAAAUGCAGAACAUUGCAAAUCAGAGAGAAGAAGAAAUAAACAAGAAGGUCAAAGAGCUUGAGAGAAACCAUGCAGCAGAAAAAGAGGCCAUGAAGAGAAGACUGGAGAAAGAAAUCGAUCAGCAGAGAAAAAUACUGCAGGAAAUAGAGGAAGAGAUCAGCAGAGAAACUGAGCUGAGAAAGAAAGAACCAAAAUACUGGGAGAAAAAAGAGAAGUGGAGGAAAAUUCAAGAAGAAAAGGAAAAGAUACUGUUGAUGGAGGAGCUGGCAGUUUUAGAGGAAAAGAUGGAAUCAGGAGUAAAAGGAGAAGCUGCUGAUGAAUCAUUGGAGAUAAAAAGAAGAGAACUGGAAGAGAAAUUAAGGCUGAUGGACGAGGAACGACAAGAAGGACCUGAAAAGAGACGCGAGGAAGAAAAACAGAGACAACUGAGGGAGGAGAUGAGAAUUAAUAACCUCAAAGACAAAUAUGAACAAGAGAAAGAAAUAUAUGUGACAAUGGUAAAAGAGAAAACAUCAAAAGAACUGCAUGAAAAUGAGUUCAAAGAACUGGAGCAGAAACACCAGAAAGACAUGGAAGAUAUGAGACAGAAACUGAGGGAAGGAGUCAGAAAACAAGCAGAGAUCAAAGGAAUGGUUAAAGUUUUAAACCCUUACAUACCAAUAGUUAAACACUUUCAGAAGACAUGCAAAACACAGUAAUAAUUUAUCCUCAUGAAAACAGUCAGACAUUAUUAUUAUGUCAUAAAACAGUAAGUAAACAUGGAAGAAGAAAUGAACUGUCAGUUGAACUCUGAAAGGUGAUCUCAUUUGUUUCUGCCUUAACAUUAAUAUUGGUUAUUUUCAGAAAAUGUUACAGACAUGAAUCUUUAUGAGUGUGGGUCAGACGCUGCGCUGCGCGGGUCACCAGAUGUUCUGGGGGAUUUUCUGCUCUCUGCCUGCAGAUAAAUGAAAACAACCAUGAAAACCUGAAGGUUGUGCAUGAGACUGACAUGAACAUGGAGGAGUCUUCAUGAAUGGUUCUGAUUUGCUAAAUAAUGACACUUUUAACAUAAUGUUGAACUAAAAGUUGCAUUGAAUAUAAAUCUAUUAAAAGAUUCCUGGUAUUUUUGCACACCUCAUCAAAUAAAGCUUGUUGCAGCAAGUCUGUUCAAAUCAUGAAUGACUGAAAACUAAACAAUUUAAUAUUUCAUAGCUGCUUAUAAUGAUCAAAGUGUUAAAAAUGUAAAUGAUUCAGUAACCAUUUUCUUUUCUUUUGUAGAUAAAAUAAUAUUGAAGCAUUAAAAGUUCAAAUGUUGCUCUGCUUAUAAAAAUGAAGAAUCUGUUAUGAGCUUAAUUUUUCAAAUGUUGAGAAUAUUGUGAAAAAUGUUGACAUGUAUGUAAAAUUAACAUUUUCAUUUUGUAAAAGCCAUUAUGAUGUGUAUAUUGUCACUGCAGGACUUUGAGCUAAAAGAGAAAUAACUGAUCUAUAAUCCAUGAUCAGUGAGUCAGAGAACAGAGCAAAACAUCAGACGGAUAAUUUUCUUAAUACAUAAAUAAUAAAUCAAUACAUUGAAUAGAAUGACAAAGCUGUAUUAACAUUGUUUUGAAUUUAUUAAUCUGGGGUUAGGAACUGUAUGUUUUCUAAAACAUUUUUCAUAUAUAAACAUCCCUUAAAAGGAAAUGUACUAAUUCCUUUUUUAUUAUUUUGCAAAUGUGUGUUAUUCUGUAUUGUGAAAUAAA